UUUUGGCCGAGAUCGCCACCAGUUGAGCGAAGUCGGUUGUCGCGAACGGACGUGUUUUUCGGUAGCUAGUGAUAAUUCUGAAAUAUUUGUAAACAGAGCUAUAUCAUACAGUUGUGCAGUGCUUCUUCAGGUGUUGUGGACGGAUGACGAAUCGACAGUGAGUUAAUCGGCGAGAACUAGAAUAUGAAGUGCUUGCGAAGCAGGCUGGUGGUACAUAUUUUGAUACUACUGGCGAUAACCUUAGCAACGGUAGUGCGUUGUCAGGAUGAACAGCAGGCAACGACGGAAGUAACCGAUGGAGGUGCAGCAGUAGGCGCUGACGAUGUAGAGGAUUACUUGGUCAGCGGACUCCGUCUGGAACACGAACUCGUUAAGGAGCAGGCUGAUGAACCUUCGACACGGACGAGCGGCGAGAGUUUUGUCGCAAUCCACGUCGAUGCGUUGGGUGCAAAAGAACAACUGCGGCCCUCACUUCGCGGUUUGUCCAUUAUUGCGAUAAGCUUCCUCCCGAAAGAUUUCACACUACAGGAAGUACAAUCGGCAACACGGGAAGUGGUCGCUGGUGUCCGAUAUGAACUUGUCGUCAAGGCCUUAGAUCGUGAACAAUUGGAAGUCUAUUGUAAACUAACUGUACUGGAAAAACCUUGGUUGACCACAGAGAUUGGCGACAAGUACCGUACACUGGAGUACUCGAAUUGUACAUCCGGAGAAGAGACAACCGAAAGAGUAGAGAUAGUGACAAAACUACACCCAAUGUUUGACCCAAGUUUGCGAUCACAACAGGAGAUGAAUCCUUCAAGGUUUAAAGAUUUAGUGAGUCAAAUUAUUAUCGAGAAAAAGCUCGUGGUCAGUAGUACCCCCAAUAGUGAGGUGAUCCUUACAACCACCACCGAGAAAUCGAGUACGCCAGUACUCAGCGAAUCUUCGAAAGAUGUCCUUGAUCAGUUGUUCAUGUUUGGAAGUCAAGCUCAACCACCACGUAGAAUAGCAACUAGUACCAACGAACGUGAAAAGGAAGUUGAUGAAGAAUUAAUCAUUCCGAAAAAAGUAGUACAACCUCAAUCGGAGGUGACCACUACGGAGACAGCACCUUUGGAAACGACCACAAUAUCGCUUGACCAACAGGUUCAAUUUACAUUCGAGGAAGUGUUCAAAACUCAUCAAGAAAUACAGAAAGCGUUGGACGAAGUUAUCCAUCGAGGGGGUGGCCGAGAAGUGCAACAAAAAUACGAACCGGUGUUUGCCUCGCUUCUUCAAAAGGUUAAAACCAGUAUUGAUAACUACUAUAGAACUGUUAAUCCUGGCGGGGGUGAUGCUAACGUGGACACGGCGGCAUUCGUCAUCAGAGACAGUACUGCUUCUUUACAGAAUUCUAUCCCAGCAAAACUAAACAAUGAUCAACAUUCUUCAGAGAGCAACGAUUCCGACGAUCAACAGCAACAACAAUUGAUUCAACCGGACUUCAGUUUGCAGACAUCUAAACCGCCGAAGAUCGACUCGAUCGUGAUGCACUUCAGCGAUGACAGCGACGAACAACAGCAAGAAACUGUUCAACGAACACAAACACGGGAGGAGUUGAUUCGGGACUUAAACGUUGAUGACUCCCAACAGCGCAACAAACGUGCUCCCGGUUCGCAUUCUUUCGAGCAUAAACCUUUCGACUCUAACCCAUUCUUCGGCAGUCAUUCUCACGAAUCGCACGAACAGCACGGUUAUAAUCCGCUGAUUAACUUCAGUCCGUAUAAUGCUUUGGAUCCGUACAAUUCGGUCGAUCGUUACCUGGAAUAUCCGUACCACAGAAAUAAGCGAUUCGUUGAGAUGAAUUUGGCCGAAGCUGACCCCAAGCAGACAUCCGAAAUAGAGAAGGUCGUAAGCGAAGCGAUCCAGAUGCUGGACCAUAUGGAUGCGGAUCUAUUCAAGCGAAUACUGCUCGAGGUGAUCAGUGUCAAGCGGAUCAAUCAGUUUGGCAGCGCCGUCGAACAGAAGGGAGACCUGUAUGUGGCCCGGGUUGUCACCGCGAACUCGCACUGCGUCGAGGAGAUCGAGGAUUCGGUCAAGUGCAAGUCUCUGCUCAUCGAUGGCAGCAAUAAGUUCUGCACACUUGAGAUUCGAGACAAGGACAAAGAAGUGCGCCUGGUGAAGUCGGAGUGCGUUCCAAAUAAGCUGCUGGGUGGAUUACAUGAGGUGGAUCUCACUGAGCCGGAACAUCAGCAGCGGAUUCAAGCUGGCUUGAAGGGAUACGCGAAGGGGAAGAAUAGAGCAUCCCGUUUCAUCAUCCGCUGCGGUACGGUUCAGAUCGUAGCCGGGACCAUCCAUCGCUACACGGUCGAUCUGGUGGACAAAGAUGACCAAGUGACCAAUACGUGCAGCGUUAAGAUCUACACCCCACUGCGGGACACACCGGAGUAUACUUUCAAUUGCCAGGAUGUGUCACGGCGCGUCGCUCGUGACGUCGAACGUAAGAAGCUCAGCAAGGGUCCAAAAACCGGCGCCCCUCUGGAAUUGACCCCAGAAGAGUUCGGCAAGUCGGAACACACAGAACGGAUACAGAGCAUACUGCUGACUGCGGGAGGUGAAAAUAAUGAACGCAAGUACAAAAUCGUUGAAGCUACGCAGCAGGUGGUGGCAGGAACCCUCUAUACCUACAAACUGGUCUUCACCGAUGAUCCUGAUAAGCGCGUCUGCAAGCUUACCUCACAUGAGCGGCCUUGGCUUAAGGAAAAGUCACCAGCUGAAGCCAAAAAAGUUUCUUUCUCCUGCCCAGACGUAAACAAAGACCGAUCUAAACGAGAGGUCUGUGCUGGAUGCCCUGCGGCGUUGUCGUCUAAUGACCUACAAGACGACGAACACAAACAACGCGUGAACAAGAUUUUGCUAGCCAAAGUAGUUGGAUCGCCGGGUGAACUCGAAUCUCUAUCGCCACAAAUAAUUAAUGCCACAAGUCAGGUAGUUCAGGGCACUCUGUACACCUACUUUGUUAGUUUCGACUUGCAAGGUUCCCGUCAGAUCUGCAAAAUGACCUCUUGGGAGCGCCUUUGGUUGAAGGGAGAUGAUGCCUAUCAAUACACUGCAUCAUGCACCGAACAGGUAGACUCCAAUGCGGUAAGAAAACGCUCCAAACGAUCCUUUUGCGUCGGAUGUCAGGCAGGUCUAAGUUCGGAAGAGCUGAAAAGUCCGGAACACAAGGGACGUGUCAUUAAGAUUUUAUUGAGCAAGGUGGCAGGAUCUGAAGCGCAACUCCAAACCAUGUCUCCCGAAUUAAUCAACGCUACCAGUCAGGUGGUGCAGGGCACUUUGUACACCUAUUUUGUUGGAUACAUCGUAGACGGUGCGCGUAAGGUAUGCAAACUGACCUCAUGGGAACGACCUUGGUUGUCGGGAGACGAAGCCUAUCAAUACACAGCCGAAUGUGGAUCGGAACAGGAUGACACCUACACGCUACGCAAACGAAGGUCUAGAAGCAAACGAGGUUCUAAAUCGAGUCGUGCCGAUGAGAGCACUGUUGCGCGUGUCCGUCGCCAUGCCAAGAAAACAGGGGCCUCGAACGAACUAUCUGCCGAAGAUUUGAAGGACAGAAGUCACAUUGAGCGGAUUAAGGCCGGUUUGGUGGCUUACAACACGGAAAAGUCCAAGUCGUAUGACGACUUUGAAAUCGUCAAAGGCUCAGUUCAGUUGGUGGCCGGUUCAUUAUACAAGUACACGUUCAAGGUGAAGGGUGAACCGGAAGUAGUCUGUAAAAUUUCCGUGUGGGAACGCAUUUGGAUGGAUACCCAGGAGCAACGCAAAUACAACGUGAAAUGCGACGGAGAUGAUGAACCGGAAAAGGAUCAGUCGCUUACCAAUGCAAAGCGUUCUAUUCGCUCCAUUCGUCCUCGGCAGUCCGAUGGCGACGGUGAGGGCCACUAUUCCAAAGGCGAAGACCACGCCCGGCAUCUGUUUGAGAAGUUUAAGUUGAAGCACAGUCGCCAGUACCAGAGCAGCUUGGAGCACGAGAUGCGAUUCCGAAUUUUCAAGAACAAUCUGUUCAAAAUCGAACAGUUGAACAAGUACGAACAGGGUACGGCCAAAUACGGCAUUACGCAUUUCGCCGAUAUGACUAGCGCCGAGUACAGACAGAGAACUGGGCUGGUUGUACCCAGAGACGGUAGCGACAACCAUGUGGGUAAUCCGAUGGCCGAGAUUGACGAGCACAUGGAAGUUCCGGAUGCAUUCGAUUGGCGUCAGCUGGGCGCUGUUUCGCAGGUAAAAAAUCAAGGCAAUUGUGGUUCAUGUUGGGCGUUCAGCGUUGUAGGUAAUAUUGAAGGACUCAAUCAGAUCAAAACCAAAGUUCUCGAAGAAUUCUCUGAACAAGAAUUGCUGGACUGCGAUGCGGUCGACAGUGCCUGCCAAGGAGGAUACAUGGACGAUGCCUACAAAGCGAUCGAGAAGAUCGGUGGUUUGGAGCUGGAAAGUGAUUAUCCGUACAUUGCAAAGAAGCAAAAGACAUGCCACUACAACAGCACCAAGGUGCACGUCCGCGUUAAAGGAGCCGUCGAUUUGCCAAAGAAUGAGACGGCCAUUGCCCAGUACCUGGUAGCCAACGGUCCAAUUUCGAUCGGUUUGAACGCCAACGCCAUGCAGUUCUACCGGGGUGGAAUUUCUCACCCGUGGCGUCCGUUAUGCAGUAAGAAGAAUCUGGACCACGGCGUGCUGAUCGUUGGGUACGGCGUCAAAGAGUAUCCGAUGUUCAACAAAACUAUGCCCUUCUGGAUCGUCAAGAACUCCUGGGGUCCCAAGUGGGGCGAGCAGGGCUACUACCGAAUCUUUAGGGGUGAUAAUACCUGCGGUGUAAGCGAGAUGGCAUCAUCGGCUGUGCUAGAAUAGACACCUCCAGGGGAAAGUCUGGUGGGUGAGAGCAGUUGUCACGUGAUCAUCUACCAAAGUGGGGACAAUAACAUCUAACAUUAAUGUCUACUGUGGGAUAUAUUUGUCAGCGAAUAUUAAUCCUAGAAAGCAAUAUAGUAUGUAUUUUUAAAUUCAAUAUCAUAAAAUUACUAAAUGUUUCCUGUAUUUUUUAAAUAGCGAUCAAAUUUA